AUGCGCGGAGUAGUGCGUUUUGGUGCUCAUGGAAGCCCUCGAUUCAUAGGACCAUAUGAAAUUUUGGAACGUGUGGGUAAAGUGGCGUAUCGGUUAACCCUUCCAAACUCUUUAGAAAAGGUACAUGAUGUAUUUCAUGUGUCGCAGUUAAAGCGAUACCAUGCUGUAGCCUCUCAUGUCUUAGAUCCCGAACCUUUGGAUUUGAAUACAUCCUUGUCUUACUCUGAGCAACCGGUUAGAAUCUUGGACACGAAGGUUUGUAGUACACGACGGAAGGAUAUAUCUAUGGUAAAAGUCUUGUGGUCAAAUCACGAACGUGAAGAGGCUACUUGGGAAACGGAGGACUCUAUGCGAGCAAAGUACCCUCAACUCUUUCAGGAUGUUACAGACCUUCAGGAAUGCGAUACUCAGCUUCUGAUCUCAAACAAUGCUCUUGGACUGCUAGAGCUACCUUGGCUCGAGCUCAUUAUUGUCGAGUGGCUCUACUUUGGCUUCUCUUUGGGUUGUUCUUAUGGCUUGGCUCAUGACAUUUCACUUCUUUGA